AACUAGAAGAAGUCUGGCGGUGGCCCUGGGCCCAGCUACAAAGAAACAAGGGUAGCUUUGAGUGGAGAAAACAUACCCUGAGAAGAAGCACCCGACAGUCCUAUUCAGGAACAAGACUUUGAAAAAUCACCAGACCACCCCCCUGAGGAGCAGGUCCUUGAAAAAUCACCAGAAAGUCUCUCUGAGGAAAUGGUGUUUGGAAAAAGAGCAGCCAGUCCCACUGGGAAACUGGAAUAUGGUGAUCCAAGGACAUAUAACGCAGAUUUUAAGGGCCCUGUUGUGAACAGGAGUUGUACAGAUGUUGUGUGCUGCAUGAUCUUCCUAGUGUUUAUUAUGGGCUACAUUCUUAUAGGACUUGUGGCCUGGGCGCAUGGUGAUGCCAGGAGAGUGACCUAUCCUACGGACAGCCAGGGCCAUUUCUGCGGCCAGAAGGGCACCCCCAAUGAGAACAAGACUAUUUUGUUUUAUUUUAACCUGCUAAGAUGUACCAGUCCCUCUGUGAUGAUAAACCUACAGUGCCCUACCACACAGAUCUGUGUCUCCAAGUGCCCCGAAAAAUUUUUAACCUACGUGGAAAUGCAAAUUUUGUACCAAAAGGAUAGGAGCUACUGGGAAUACUACCGUCAGUUCUGCAAGUCUUCUGCUAAGCCUAUAAAGUCUCUUCCCAACCUGAUAAUGGGUGAUGACUGUCCUACCGUGGUUUUCCCAAGCAAACCUUUUUUCCAGAGAUGUCUCCCUGACUUCACUAACAAAAAUGGCACCCUAACAGUAGGAGGCAGGGUACAGUUUGAAGACGGAAGUGGAGGGAUGACAAAUGUUUUGGAACUCCGAGAGGCUGUAAAUGGUAUCAAUAAAAUCCUGGAUGCAAGAGAUAUCGCUCUGAAAGUGUUCGAAGACUUUGCAACAACUUGGUACUGGAUUAUCAUUGGCCUGACUAUCGCCAUGAUCCUUAGUUGGACAUUUUUGAUUCUCCUGAGGUUCGUAGCUGGAUGCCUCUUCUGGUUCUUCAUGUUCGGUGUGCUUCAAAUUGUAGGAUUCGGAAUAUUUUACUGUUAUCAGCAAUACAAUAAACUUCAGAAAAACCCAGAAUCUUCAUUAUCUCUUUACGACGUUUUGAUUCAGACUAAUAUAAACACGUACUUUCAGUUGAAACAGACAUGGUUCAUAUUACUGAUAAUACUCUCCGUCGUUGAACUGAUCAUCAUCCUCUUGCUGAUCUUCCUCAGGAAACGAAUUCGUUUGGCCAUUGCCCUGCUGAAAGAAGGGAGCAAAGCCAUUGGAUACAUCCCUAGUACCUUAGUUUAUCCAGUUUUAACUUUCAUUUUGCUCUCCAUCUGUUUUUCCUACUGGAUUGUGACAGCAGUUUCCUUGGCUACAUCAGGAGCACCUGUUUACAAAGUUUCAGCCCCAGAGGGGCCAUGUGUACAUGAAAAUGAAACCUGUGACCCAAGUAUUUUUAGUUCAACGGAUGUUCCCAAAGCAUGCCCUGGGGCUCUCUGUAACUUCGCUUUCUAUGGUGGAAAAAGUCUGUACCAUCAAUACCUAGCUAUCUUGCAUUUGUACAAUCUAUUUGUCUUUCUUUGGCUUAUAAACUUUGUCCUUGCAUUGGGUCAGUGUACCCUUGCUGGUGCCUUUGCUAGUUACUACUGGGCCAUGAAAAAACCUGACGACAUCCCAGCACUUCCCCUUUUUACUGCAUUUGGACAAGCAGUACGAUAUCACACGGGAUCCCUAGCAUUUGGAUCAUUAAUUCUUGUGUUAAUUCAGAUGUUUAAAGUGAUCCUAGAAUACUUGGACAGACAUCUUAAAAAGACCCAGAACGUUGUCUCUAAAUUCCUCAAAUGCUGCCUGGGAUGCUGCUUCUGGUGUUUGGAAAAACUGAUAAAGUUUUUAAACAAAAAUGCCUAUAUUAUGAUUGCAAUAUAUGGCAAAAACUUCUGCAGGUCAGCCAGAGAUGCUUUCAACCUUCUGAUGAGAAACAUUUUAAAAGUUGCAGUUACAGAUGAAGUCACACAUUUUGUGUUAAUCCUGGGGAAAAUCCUAAUUUCUGCACUUAUAGGUAUCCUGGCCUUCUUACUUUUUACAGAAAAAAUGCCAAUGGUUUUGGGAGGACCAACAUCUCUAAAUUACUACUGGGUACCUUUGCUGACUGUCAUUUUGGGAUCUUACCUAGUUGCCCAUGGCUGCUUUAGUGUCUAUGCAACAUGCGUUGAAACAAUUUUCCUCUGCUUCUGUGAAGAUCUGGAAAGGAAUGAUGGAUCUGCAGAAAGGCCCUACUUCAUAACCCUUAGCCUGCACGAGAUUCUGGUCAAGAAGCAACCAGUCCCCCAGAAGCAGAAAGAGUAGCAAAGCUCCAAACAGUGCCCUCUGCUUUGAAGUUGACACUUUGUGAAUUAGGUCAACUGUCAUUUGAAAAUGUUGCUUUGGAGUAAUGGGAAAUUUCGGAGCUACUUCUAAAAAAAGCUGGUACUUAGUACCAUAGAGUGGUCAGGCAUUUGAUGGCGGUGGCCUCUAUGAAGUGGGACACUUUAUGUAUGACGGUCCCCGUGGAAGAGUCAAAUGUUCAUGUCAAACAUUUUUAAAAACUGAUAGCUGAAAGUGUUUUAAUAACUUUUGUAACUCAGCGUGUUGUUUCUACAGCAGCACUUUGAUAGCCUUUCUUUUUAUAAGUGUAAAUUUGUAAAGGAUAUCCAGGCAAUUUUUGAAAGCACUAUAAAUGUAUAUUCAACUAGCCAUAAAAAUAUUGAUUUAUAGUUAACCAGCAUAAGGUACUACAUUUGUAAAUAUGGUGCUAUUGUUAUAUUUCUACUGUUCAAGCUGGUGGGCAGCUCUAAACUGUGAUUAAAUGUGUAUUAAUGGUUCCUUAUGAUGUAUAUUUUAGUAAGUGAGUGAAGUCCAUAACAAACGGCUAGAUAUUAAUGUCAGACAGGUUCUACUGAGAACAGUCCUGGGCAGGAGUUCCUGUGGGACCUUCGCAGUUCAUUGUCUUUUAGUGAAUUUAUAUUUGUAAUGAAGCUGAAUUUGAGUCCCAGAAUGUUGUUCCAAUAAUAUGAGCUUCUGGCCACCAUAAAAAUAUCCUGAACAAAAAAAAAAAAUUCUACAUAACUCAUACUACUGGUCUCUAACACAGAUUUCCCAUUUCUACCAUAUAGAAGAGUUUGUUUCAAAGGGGUGAUUUUUUUCUUUUCAUGAGCAUACCUGUAUUUCUAGAUGAAAGAGAUGUGUGGCCUUUAUAUACAAAAGGUCUAAUUUUAGCUCACCUUUCAGUGAGGAAAGAGAAAAGAUAAGUGAGACAUUUUAGAUUUUGCGCUAAGGGAAUAUAUGAUUGCCUCCAUUAGACGCCUCAUCGGGUACCUUUACAAGGGACAUACUUGAAUCUCCCUCUCAAGGGCUUAGGAGGAAUAUUAUCGCUAUACUCCAUGCGGCUGGCCAGAGCAAGCAGCCGGCCUCUGGCAAGACAAACCUAAUUCUUGCAUGGCCAGGCAAAGCAUGAAUCAGACACUCAUACACCUCGUCUAUUCAUCCCAUGUGCAAAGGUAUAGAAUGUGUCUGACAGUGUAAAAAUAAACCCCCAAAGGAGCAUUGAAUCAAUUGGCAUCUUUCUGGCUUUUCCACUAAUCUUGUAUUUAACAGCAAGGGAUAUGUUGAUCUAGCACGCUGAUCAGAUUAUGAUGUGCAUAUCCAACAAGACAAUCAGAAAUGUAUGCUUGUGCUACAAGUUAAUACAAAUACUACUUUCUUUAAUUAUCCUGCAGUGUAGGAACUUAAACUUAGAUAGAUUUCAUGGCAGCUUAAUAACAAGAAGCCAAUAAAUAGGGAAAGAUUUUAAAAUAUUGGUCCUUAAAAUGAUCACCAAUUGUUUUUGACUCACUUUCUUAAGAUUAUCGGAGCAAGAGUGUCCCUUGGCUUCAGCUCUUCCUCAUUCUCAUGAGCCUUGAAGGACAAGCCAAGGAAGAGCGCUCACUUUUCUUUCUAGACGUUUUUCUUAUUACUUUCUUACUCAGUAAUACAAGGGCCAGAACAAAAAUCUAGUGGAAUAGUGACUUCUACCAGUGAACUUGUUAUACGUGCAGAUGCCUGCACCCACUGUGUUUGUAGACGGGCAUUGUAUAAAACAUCACAAAGCUCUCCAGGUGAUUCUGACACACAGAAAAGUUGGAAAAAUCACUUGAAUAGCAUACAAAUUAGCAUGUGAGCAACUAGUCGCUUGUUUAACUGUUUCAUGGGCCUAGUCCCAGCUAGAAAAAUACUGUCUGUUAUUUCUUUGUGUCAUUUAAAUAAGUAGAUUAACAGUGAGCAGUGUUUUGAGAAGAAAUUUAGAAGCCAUUUUCUUACAAAGCAAGUAAAUUGAUAUUUGUGGGAAAAAAAAAAACAGCAAUAGUUCUCAACACUUGCAGUUGAAAGAUUUGAAAUACUGUAUGUUAACAUUUUACAAAUGAUGUUUUCCAAGGCCAUGCCACCAAAGCUGUUGGUGACAAAACAAAAGCAAUUUUGAAUAAGUACGGUAGUUGAGAAAGUACAUCAAGAAAAAAAGAAGGUAAAUACAAAUUAUUUCCUCAACCAUGCACCUUAACGGCAUGCAAUAUUGGCAGAACCUGACCUGGGACACUGAAUGAGAUCAUAUCUUAUUGACAAGACAAGAAGGGCUGAUUGUUUUUUCAUACCUAUGUUUACAAUAGCACUGACGCCAAACCGUGCUGUUUUUAAAAUGCGGUAUCUCGAAUUGCUGUAAGGCGAGCGGGCAGCAGAUGGCGCUGUUACUUCUCGUACGGUUUUGCUUUGUUAGUUAUUGUGUGCCGUU